AUGUCAAUGAUUGUGGAUAGCAACAAGUUGGAAUGUCGCAAGGUUCGUAAGCCGAAAAUUGAGAAAUUACGAAGAGCGCGCAUCAAUUCAUCGCUUGAAUCGUUAAAAGAGAUCCUAUUACGUAAUACAAUAUCAAUACCACAAGGUUCACGGCCCACGAAAUUGGAGAAAGCGGACAUACUCGAAAUGACGGUUCGUUACAUUGAGAUGCUUCAUGAAAAAUUGUCAAUUUAUUGUGAAAAGCCGGAAAAGAAAUCGAUGGAAAUAUUUCAAACGAUUCAAUGGAACCCUAGUUUUGAAAGAACUUUUUCUGACAUCACAAAUCGUAACGAUAAAAGUAACCGACCAACAGAAAUUAUUUACGAUGACAAAACUUGCUACAAUAAUCGAAAUCAUUUGUAUCGUCAAAGUUCGAGAGACAGUUGCGAUAAAGAAAAUUUUACUAUAACAAUACGACAUGACAAUCAAUUGAUGCUUGGCGAACAUUGUUGGAGACCAUGGUGA